ACACACACACACACAUACACACACACCGACGCUCAUAUAGGUGGAUCCCGGCAGAGAGCCGGAGAGCGCACAGGCGAGCGAGCACCGGAGCGCACUACUUCUUUAACUUCCCCCUCACCGCCUCGGCUUCGGGCGGCAUCAACAGGGAGCUACCAACAAAGCGGUCCAGCCUCUCUCUCUCUCUGUCUCCCCCAGACACAGCCGCACCUGCUCGUCGUCUGUUUCCCCCCUCCGGAUCCUGCGGAUUUUAUCCCCCAUCUGUCUCUCAGCGGACACCGCGCUCCCCCAGACCAAUUAAGGUGCACGCACAUCAGGCGCGCCGCCGCUGGGCUGGGAAGGACGGGAAAUUUGAAGCGGCUGCCGGUGCUUUGGUGCUGCGGUGUUCCACCUGCAUCCCCGGACUUGGACCAGAGCAACAGCCUCCGCCGGCGCGUUCAGUGAGGCAGAACAAACCUAAAUCAAGCUGCAGCCAUGGAUGAGAUGGACCUGCCCCAGAUGAAGAAGGAGGUGGAGAGCCUCAAAUACCAGCUGGCCUUCAAACGGGAGAAAUCCUCCAAAACAGUCACAGAUUUGGUCAAGUGGAUUGAGGACGGUGUUCCCGAAGAUCCCUUUCUAAACCCAGAGCUGAUGAAGAACAAUCCGUGGGUGGAGAAAGGCAAAUGCAUCCUCCUCUAAGAAGAAACAUCCGUCCUCCCAGGGCCACCAAUGUCAACAUUAACCCCACAGAUGACCCCUGAAUCCGAGCCGGACUGAGAGGGCAGAGGCAGGACAUCGCCCAUGAGCCCUCACCAUGAAUGUACUACUGCUGAUUUCCCCCACCUCACCUCACCACAGACACACACGCACACACACACACACACACCCACGGCAACAAGGGCACAGAAACACAGCCUCACACUCGCACACUUAACGGCUCCAAACCUUUUCUGACUCUUUCUCUGCAAGUUUAUUCGUGCCACGGCAACCUAGCAUCACUAUGCCAUGAGAGCAACAAUUCUUACUCGUACUAUACUGGUUUGUAUGAAUAUACUGUAUGGUUAUUUACGUAUUCUACUGCAAGUCGGAAGCAUUUUCUUACCAGAUUCUUUUUAAAUGGCCACUUUAAUAAGUCGAUGAUGUUUAAUGCGAUGUAGAAUCACAUUCUCACUGCCAGACUGACUUUAGGGGUGCUGGAAGAAAUUCAAGACCAUCAACAUCAUUAACAACACAAGCACACUUAUUUACUUUUAACUCAAAUUAGAAAUGUCACAAGUAUGACACUAACGAACUAAUAUUUAUAUAUAUGUAUACUAAAAUAAAUGACCAACAAAAGAUUGAGUGAGUUAGUCUAGGUGAAUUAAAGCUGAAUAUCAUGGCUCGUUCAAUGCAAACAUAGGAAUUUAAUGUCUCAUUGACAUAAUAUUCAAAAGAUUUUUGUCCCCU